AUGGCAGUAGAUUUUACACCCAUCCCGGGACCUUCGGGUAUUCCUUUCGUUGGGAAUAUCUACGACGUCGACCAAGUCACUCCUAUAAAGAGUUUGGAACACCUGGCGGAAAUAUAUGGUCCAAUUUACCAACUUAGUACCUUCGGGAAGCGCCGAAUCAUCAUCAGCUCUCGUGAUCUCGUGGACGAAGUGUGCAACGAGGAUAGAUUUACCAAGACAAUUUCUGAAGGCCUCAACCAGGUUCGAAAUGGUGUGCAAGAUGGGCUUUUUACAGCUCGCUUCGGAGAGCAUAAAUGGGGACUUGCGCACAGGAUCUUGGUGCCUGCAUUCGGACCUCUUACCAUCAGAGAUAUGUUUGAUGACAUGUACGACAUUGCUACCCAACUGGCGAUGAAAUGGGCUAGACAGGGCGCGGAGGUGUCCAUUGAGGCGUCUGAUGACUUUACAAGGCUGACCUUGGAUACCCUUGCCUUGUGCACGAUGGGAGCUCGGUUCAACUCUUACUACAAGGAGAAUAUGCACCCCUUCGUUUAUGCUAUGACGAGAUUUCUCCUCGGUUCUGGAAAACGUGCUGCGAGACCGGCGAUACUCAACAGUCUGCUAGCUUCAGAGAACGCUCAAUACGAUUCCGACAUUGCGCUGAUGCAACAGGUUGCAAAGGAUCUGGUCCAAGGAAGGCGAGACACACCCUCCGAUCAAAAGGAUAUCUUGAAUGCUAUGCUACAGGGGAGAGACCCGAAAACAGGAGAGGGACUGAACGACAGCACUAUCGUGAAUAAUAUGAUCACGUUUCUGAUUGCUGGACAUGAGACAACUUCCGGAGCCCUCUCAUUUUUGAUGUAUUUCCUUCUGAAAACCCCGCAUGCCUAUCGAAAGCUGCAGGAUGAGAUAGAUGUGGUGGUUGGAAGAAACCAGAAAGUCACGCUUGACCACCUCUCUAAGCUACCCUAUCUGAAUGCUUGUCUCAGAGAAAGUCUUCGUCUGCGCCCGACUGCGCCAGCUUUUAGUGUGGGACCACACCCUGAAAAGAACCACGAGGAUCCUAUCUCGAUUGGAAACGGAAGAUACAAAGUGGAUAAAGGUGACAGUAUUGUUUUACUGUUGAGUAAAGCUAUGAGGGAUCCUGCUGUUUGGGGGCCGGAUACGGAGGACUUCAAACCAGAGAGAAUGUUGGAUGAAGAAUUCGCAAAAUUACCCAAGAAUUCAUGGAAGCCUUUCGGAAAUGGGUUACGGGGUUGCAUUGGUCGGCCGUUCGCCUGGCAAGAAAUGCUCCUCGUCAUGGCCGUACUGAUGCAAAACUUCAAUUUCUCCAUGGCCAAUCCUGGGUACGACAUCCAAAUCAAACAGACCCUCACAAUCAAACCCAAGGACUUCUUCAUUCAUGCCACUCUCCGAGAAGGUCUUACCGCGACAAAACUAGGAAGACUGCUGAACAAUGAGACCGGGUCCAGCGAAAGUGGAAGCAGCAAUGAGGAUAUAGACAAGCAGAAGUCUCAACCCACAGACAAGAAGCCAAUGCAUGUUUACUACGGAAGUAAUACUGGUACCUGUGAGGCACUUGCUAAACGUUUGGUGUCGGACGCUGCUCGAUACGGGUAUGCUGCAGAGGCCAAAGAACUGGAUACUGCUAUACAAAAGAUACCCCAAAAUGAACCAGUCGUCAUUAUUACGGCAAGCUAUGAAGGCAAACCGCCAGACAAUGCGGCUCACUUUUACGAAUGGCUUUCAAAUUUGAAAGAGACGAAGCUUCAAGGUGUUUCUUUUGCUGUGUUCGGAUGUGGCCAUCGUGACUGGCAAGCUACGUUCCAAAAGGUUCCCACACAGAUCGAUCAGAUGCUCGUAGAAAAUGGAGCAACACAGCUGUGUGAACGAGGCUUUGCUGAUGCUGCUACAUCGGACAUUUUCUCUGACUUUGAUUCUUGGACCGAGUCUUCGUUAUGGCAGCGUAUCGCUGAGACAUUUGGCAGCACCCAGAUCGAGCCAAUACCGACCUCCGCCCUUCAUGUCAAGGUAAGCACCAAAAUGCGUGCUACAAUCUUAGGCCACAAGAUGGAAGAGGGUAUCGUGUUGGAAAGCGAACGAUUGACACACCCGGACGCGCCGGCAAAACGACAUGUCAAGUUCCGUCUUCCCGAGGACAUGACAUACCAACCCGGCGAUUAUCUUGCAGUUCUACCAAUGAACCCUCCAUCCGUUGUUCAGAAAGCGUUGCGACGAUUCAAUCUACCUUCAGAUGCAAUUUUGGAAAUCCAGAAGCCCGAUGGAUUAACGUCAUUCCCACCUAUCCCACUCGAUGUACCGGUAUCCGCAGUCGAGAUUUUGUCAGCAUUUGUGGAACUCUCGCAGCCUGCCUGCAACCGAGACAUCAAACUAUUUGUUGAAGCGGCAGUCUCCGACGAACAGACACAACAAGAGUUGAGGGCACUUGCAGCGAGUGAAGAACUCCAGGUCAGAAGAAGCAGUCCGCUUGAUUUACUGAUCAAAUACCCAGCUAUUGAUAUCUCAAUUGGCGACUACAUCACUAUGCUGCCUCCCAUGCGGGUUCGACAAUACUCUAUAUCUUCGUCCCCUCUUUUAGAUCCAUCAGAGUGCACGAUCUCAUUCUCUGUCAUCGAUACACCCUUGGCCAUUGACAAGGACCUUCCUUCAGAAGGAAGAUAUCUUGGCGUGGCCUCAAACUACCUCUCUAAUUUGAACGCUGGGGACAAGGCUCACAUUGCUGUGAGAACGUCUCAAAAUGGAUUCAAGCCACCCAAAGAUACAGAUGUGCCGAUGAUCAUGGUUUGUGCUGGAAGUGGCUUGGCCCCUUUCCGAGGCUCUAUCAUGGAUCGGGCUGAGAGGAUCAAGGCUCGUCGUACUUCAACCGGCCAGGUGGAUGGCUUCUCUCCCGCAAAGGCCAUACUCUACGUUGGAUGCCGCACUAAAGGACACGAUGAUAUUUACGCUAAUGAGCUAGCUGAGUGGCAUGAGCUUGGUGCGGUCGAUGUCCGUUGGGCAUACAGUCGUCCUGAGGCGGGCGAGUCACAGCGACAGUAUGUGCAAGAUCUCAUUCUCGAAGAUCAUGAUGACCUGGUAGAUAUGUUCGAGAAGGGUGCUCUCCUCUACGUCUGUGGCAAUGUAGCUGUUGGGGAUGCAGUGCGAGACUCUAUGAAAAAGGUAUACUUGAAAGAACGCCGGAUCAGGAUCGAGAAGGGAACUUGGAAAGGCAAUCCCAUUGAGGGAGACGACGAAUCUGGAUUGGCUGAAGAAUGGCUCAACGGUCUACGUGCUAAGGAACGGUUUGCUACGGAUGUUUUUACCUAG